CCCAAGUAGAAAAAGAAAAAAAAGACGACGCAGAAAAGAAGGGACCCUCCCCCAUUUAGUGCUGCACAAAGUGGACGUGUCUUCGUUUCUCAAUACCUUUUUUUUUCCCCUUCGCCGCUAUAACCGGAAACUCUGUAACCCUUCGCCUCGGUCAAGAGACGGUGGCUCACCGACCCGGCCGUUCUCCCGAGUCGCAUCAUCAAGCUACAACCUUGCGUCAAUCCGGGCUACCAGAAGUGCACCAGGAGCAACUGUCUGAGCAAAAAAAGACACUCAUCACACUCCUCUUUGAGGGUUUCUUUUCACUUCUACCCCCCCCCUAUAACGUUACAUUUCUCAAUAAACACCAAAAAAAGAAAAGAAAAAAGAAGAAAAAGAAAAAAUGUCUGACGCCCCCUCCAACACCGCCUCCGCCCUGCGGCGUCCCUCCACCAGCUCCGAGACAUCCUCCCUCUCGUCGGCCUCAACCGCCUACACCACUUACAAGGACAAGGAGGGCCAGCCGCUGCUCGACGUCAACGAGCGGAAAGCGAAAAGGGGCCUGCGCCAAAAGGCCCGCGACAUGGUGCACGACAUGGGCAGCCCGCCCACCGCGAGACAGGACGCAAAGGACGGCAAGGUGACGCUCAACCACGCUCCGCUGGGCGGCAUGGUGGGCGAGCCCAUGAUGAGGCCGGGCAAGAUUUAAAAUGACAGUGCCUUUGCCUGCCUAUCCUUCAUUGGUUGGUAUGCCUUGGGGGAACUGGUUGGUUGAUUGAUUGAUUCUGUUGUAGCGCAGCGCAUGUGCAUGUGCCCAAAAAAUAUGAUGGAAAUGAAAUGCGAAAAUGGUCUCGGCGUUUUUUUUUUUUUCUUGUCUUCGAUGGUUCUCUCUGGUUCUUCUCGUUUCGUCUUCUUACCUACUUUAUAUAUAUAUAUAUAUCUAUAUAUAUAUCAAAUGUAUUGAAUC